AAAAAAAAAAAAAAAACAAAACAAAAAACACACAAAAUAAUGUAUUAUUCUACUUGCUUUCUGAUGGCUUUAGUGGGAGUGCAUAUAGGCACCACUGAAUAUUCUCAUUUAAAACAAAUGUGGUCCCACUAUUGAGCUCUUAAAAAAAAAAAAGAAAAUUGAAGGAAGUCCAACUUUAAAACUUAAGCUAUGUUUUACUGCUGAUGUUUGAACAAAUUCUGUGAUAGGAGGGUGUGGUGAGACAUACGAGCAUAUUGUAACAGGACAGUAACUUGGAAUUAAUAUGAUAUUUUGGGAAAGGUGGACAUUAUCUAGAGGAACCUUAUUGAGAACAUUCUUAGGAGGAACAAUGACAUACAAAAAGUGUUUUCUUGCAAAACGUGCUGGUCUAAAGCAGUGAAUAGAAACAAACAAUAAGCAAACUUUUAGAAUUAGCUUCUAGAAACUGAUUAUUUCAAUAGCAGACAUACUCGGAGAUUAAAAAUAGAAUAAAAUUUUAGAAAAUUCUAUGCAUGCAUUCAUUUGUUUGAAAGUUUCUGUUAAAAUUCAGUUAGAACUUUAACACAAAAAGUUAUCCUGAAAGUGGGUUAGGCUUGCAAGCAAUAAUAAAGGGAGCCUGUAAGAAUAACUCCUGCUUGUUUUUUUCAUACUUAAAAAUUAUUACUAAAAUGUUGUGAAUGUGUCAGUUACUCAUUUUUCCCUUCUUUUCCCAUGGCAUUUGAGCUUGAGGUGCUUUUAGGUUAUGUGCGUUUCUUCUGUAAACAUGGAAGAAACAGUGGCCUGUGCUUCUGGCCUCUGAUUAGAAACUAACACCUGUGUAUCUUUCACAGAGAGGAGAACAUCUGCUGUAGAGUAAUUGCUUUUAAAGAUAGUGUUAUCAUGUGACAAAGCUCAUGAUACCAAAGUGUUCCCAGCUUUUGGAAGAAGUAAGAUUGAGGUACACUGCAACAUGAAGACAGUAUUUAACUAUGGAAAUAAAAUCUCUAUUGUAUCACUGUGAACAUAACACUAAAUUAUUUUGUUUGGUAACGAUAGUGCAGGAGAAGCCUGGUAGUAGAUAAGUUGACAGCCAGCAUUUUUUAGCUUGUCUUUGUUACUGCCUCCAUUUUUUAUGCAAUUCUUAACAGUUUUAAUCCACUUUCCUUUCUGCCAAUUAAAGCAGUAUGAUAAAUUUGAAGGCUCAGUUAGGCUUUAGCUAGAGAUGGUACAAAUUAAAAAAAUAGUGUAUUUUUAAAAAUUGGUCAGCUAAUUACUGUCACUUUACAAUACUGUGUCUGCAGCAUAACUAAAGUUGAGUGUAUGUAAGGGUUGUAUUACAGCACUGUGCAAUGUUGCUGGAAUCAGAACUGUGAGUGUGCCAGCACCUGAAGAAGUAUUAAUAGCUGAUGUUGCCACUGGGUCUGCAGUACAUGUCUCAUUUCUUGUUCUUGCAUACCUGUUGCUUUCCCCUAGCCCUGAAUGCUUGAUGUUGCACUUUUUGCGCAGCCUUUGCUCCAGCAAAGAGGAGAGAAAGUAGCCUGGAAGUACAAUUUUCCGUAUUCCUUCAUAGCGAAAGUCAUUUCUCCCUUUUCCAAGUAAAGUCUUGGAGCAAAACUAAGAUGUGCAGUAUCCAUUGCAGCCUCAAAGCCUAUAAAAUAGUGCUGUGGAGGUGAUUUCGUAACAAAAUGAGAUUUAAUAUAAGAGAGGGACUCAAGUGUCCUGCUCUGCUACACUUUCCCCCAGGGUCUGAAAGGUACUGUUGUUUGGUAGUUGUAUGUUACAGUGUUUUACUGGGAGUCAGCCAGUAGAAUGUGUUCAAGCUAUCUAGUGAGCUUUCAUAAAGUGCUGUGAUGGUUUACAGGGUUACACAUGUGGUGCAUCAGCAUCCCAAGUCCUACUGUGGGUAUAAUUUCAUCAAUUCAGAUUCUGCUUUGAAUAGUAUCUGCCAAAAUAUAACCUUAUUUUAUGUUUCCCCUAGAGUCUAGAAAAAGUAAUAAUCCAAGGAGUGGAGUAUUUUCAUUAAAAAAGACAAAAUUGACUGAUUUCUACCUGUGCGUUGUGAACGUACUUUUAACAAGAUGCAUGAAGUUUGUUUUAAGAAAGCAAAUCAAUCUGUUACUGCACAUCUAAGAUUUUUAGACAGAAAAUAAGGCCAUAAAACAAUGCUUUCCAUUUAAACAAAAAUGGAUAAGUGUAAUAACAUAUCUUAAUGUAAACCAGAUAUGAAGCCGCUUAUAGUUGAGCUAACUACAGUCUGUAGUAGCAAUAAUAAUUGUACUUAUUUAACUGGAAGUCAUGAAGGAGUCACAGAGAUUUCAGAGGGAAGGGGGAGUUAUGUUUAAUUGGAGUUUAACACUUUUCAACUGAGAUGUGAUUCUCUUAUUUGGAAUGGCUGGUAAAAUUCUGCCUGUGUUCUGAGACUGUUGAUGAUGGUUGGGAAGCGACGAAGACAAACAAUGAUAGAGAAGUGGGAAAGGAAGAGAAUUAAGCAAUUCAUUAAUUUUUGUUUCGUUACAUUUCAGAUCUUACUCUGCAUGUAUUCCAUGGAUUGUUUACUUAUUUGAAAACUUGUAGAAAUAAAACCGUAAUUAAAAACAUGUUGUGUGUGUGCAGUAUGUCACUUUGUAUUUGAGUGCUGCUCUCUCUUCAGUAUUUUUCUAUUCAAACAAAUAAAUUUGGGGUUGUGGUUUUGUAUAGAGACCAGAAAAAAAUCACCAUGUUGGGUUGAUUAAAAAAAAACCUCUCAGCUGUUUUGAUGCAAACUUAAAGCAGAAUUUGAUUUGCAGUUCUUUUACACACAUGAGGUUCUGAAGGGUGUUUGACCUGGCUACUCAUUUUAUGAAAAGUCCAGAAAUAGCACAUUUUGUCAGGUAACAGUUUGCCUUAGAGUAUGAUGACUUCCUGCCUGUAUUUUGACAGCUGUUGUGUUUCAUGCAGAAGUUCUAAUUUUCUUCCUGGUCUGUCUUUAUUUGAUUAUUGUUUGGGUUAUUAAGCUGCAAUGAUUUACUGAAUUUACAAUUCCAUUUUAUACUCAUAUCACAGUGUCUUUCUAAUGUGACUGUUCUAUGGCCAGAGCUGUCUCCACUGUAGUGUAAAUACCUGAAUGUUUCUAAUGCCUAGAAGCACACAUUGUGUCUCAGGCAGAUACCACUGGCUCUUUGUGGAAACUUCCUACUAUCUUCUCAGCUACUUUAUGUCCCGUUCAGUGUUUUUCACUCAAACCUUUUAAUCAUUGCUACAGGAAUGAUGAUGGUGUUGAGUCUUGUAAAUAGGAUUUUUAAGUGUUUUUUUUUUUUUUUUUUAGCAUUUUUGCUGAUCUCUAGUUACUUGGAAUUUACAUUGGUUACAGUAGAUUUCCACUUAUACAGUUUUCCAAGGUAAAGCUGGUUAAAGGCAACUUGAGUUUCUAGCCUAUGGCAUCCAGCUGUCUCCCUGCAUGAGCUGGUUGGUCUUCUGUGGUUGGGAUACUUUACUUCUGCCUUCCUUCAAAAUGUUUCUAAAUGCGUAUGUGCAAUUAUGGCCUUUGGCUGCCUGAUGAAUGAAUCCCACUGUUGUAAAGCAUGUUGUGUAUUUUAUUGGUAUUCAUACUAGUUACUCUAUUCCCAGAAGCAGCCCAUUUUCUGAUUCUGCCUGUAAGUUUGAGAGCAAAAAUUUUUAAUUUCCUGAGUUAUUAAAAAUAGCCAGAGGCUGGAGUUGGUGUUAAGCCUUGAUUUUCUCAUUAUUUUAACAGUAGGUCAGAUCAAAUGUACAUCUAAUAAUGGUUCACAGCAUUUAGCUUCUUUUUAAGAUGAUCACAGAAUCACAGUGGUUUAUGAUGUGAACAAGGUAAAAUUAAACUAUGCACAGGGUUGAUUAAACUUCUUUUUGGUACAAUUAAUUUUUUUAAACUGACCACAUCUUGCAGUCUGGACACUUAUGUUGUGGGUUUUGUUAGGUUGGGUAUUUUCUGUAUGCUUAUACUGCUUGCGAUCUUAAUUCCUAUUGAAUUUAUCUAUCUUAAACUAGGACGCAUGUUGCAUAGAACAUGUCCUUUAGUCAUGAAUGUAUUCUUACACUGGCAUCUCUGAAAUGUGCUACACAAAGAAUUUUUUCAGCACUGUGUAAAAUCAGUGAAUGCCAUUUCUUUGCGGAUUUGGAAUUACUAAGACUUUGAUUGUUGUAACGUAAGUCUUCAUGUUACUAAAGUGAUUUUUGCUUAAUUUUUCUACUAUCAAAUAUUCUUUGGUUUUGAGAGUACCAAGAGAAAGAGCAGUGAAAAAUAUUGCCCUGAAAAAGAAGAAUACUACAAAGUGAAUGUAUUUGCAAAAUCUAAAAGUUUUAUACUUUUAAAUGAAAGUAAACUUAGCAUUUCGUUGUCAUCUAAAUGAUUUAAGUGAGGCUGUAACACUGUAUCUAAGAAUGUUUGAUUCAGCCAAGUUAAAAAUUGAUUCAGCCAUUGAAGACUUUCUGGUGACCAUAAAGUAAGAAGUGGGCUUUUUUUACCUGUUGUACUUUGUUCUUCUACUUUACUCUAUGUUGGUGCUCCUUGUCUGUAAGUUCCCUAACGUUCUGAGGGAACAGAGUUUUCUGGAAGCUGAAACAGAAAGGAAGGAGAAAGACUGUUUUGGAACAUGCUGUCAAUACGGCGAAACGACUUUGUAACAGCUGCAGAUUUGGGGGCAUAAUUCUAAUGUAUGUCAUGCACAUGAUCUGUAAAAAAUAUUUUAUCAUAGUGCUUUAUGGAGAAUAAAUAUUCAUUUUAUUAUGACUCCUGAUUUUAGGCUUGCAAACAAUAGGAGUGUGUUUAUGUAAGUUGUGUAAUGUGCUAAAUAAGCUUCCUUCUCCAUCAGUCCUGUGGUAACACUGUUCAUGUUCUCCUAGCAUCUUUUAGGCAGCUCCCUGUUUCAUUUAUCCCAGAAGAAUGCUAAGCUAUUAAUUGUGUUCAAAUAUGUAGUAUCAUAACAAAAUGAAUUUUUAUGACUUUUAAAAUAAUGUUAGUGUUGGUGAAACAGGAUACUAAUGGAAGAUAAUUUUUUAGAAAGCUGAUUUUACAUACAUACAAGGAUCUAAUUGGACAUCUUUUUCAAACUUUUGUGCGUAUCUAUUGCAACUGCUUGCUUAUGUGACCAAGAAAUUUAGGAACUAUUGAUUGUGCUUUUUGGAAAUCUUAAAGCUUUAUGCUAGUAGGUGCCCACUGUAGGCAGGAAAAGGUAACUAUUGUGUCUUUAUGCUUGAAGUUUUAAAUAACUACUACAUUAAAUCUACUGCUAAAUGUGACAGCAGAGUUGCUUGAUAUUUGUAAGAUAUUUCAUAUGGUUUGAAGUAACUGCUAUUACAGUUUUAAAGAAAAGGGUUUUUUAUGUGCUUUGCUUUACAGAAGUUUUAAUCCAAAGAGGACAUACGUUAUUUUAGAAGUUUUACUUAGAGCUAUUUGUGUCUUUUGUUGACAUCUGUUAUUUAAAAAUAUUUUAAAAUAAAUAUUUAUUUCAUUACAGAUGGAGGAGUUUGACACCGGUUGGGCAGCCUAUACCAGGAACUAGAUUUAUUGCGUUCAAAGUACCUUUAAAAGGGGAACUGAGAGGUGGUUGAGGCUGCUGCAUCUGUUCUGCCACUCUUUAUUGGUGGUGACAGAGCCAAAAGGCUCUCACAAUGGACAGCUCCCUAUUCAGAGAAAAUCCAGAUUUGUGCACGAGGCAUUUUCAUACCUAGAGCGGAGAACACAUGUCAGAAACCACAGGCUACAAUAGGGCAAUUAACCAGAGGCUUACCCCAACCCAGAAAUUUACACCAAAAGACUUAAUUGCUGCAAUGAAAGCCCUAAAUGUGGAGCUCGGAUUAAUUAUCGAUUUAACAUACACCACACGAUACUAUGAAGUUAAGGAUUUACCUAGAAGUGUGCAGUAUAAGAAACUUUAUACUGUUGGACUCGAAGUUCCUGAUAAUGCUACUAUUCUACAAUUCAAGAAAUGGGUCCGAAAAUUCCUAUGGGAAAAUGCAAGAAAUGAAAAACUCAUUGGUGUCCACUGUACUAAUGGAAUUAAUAGAACUGGCUACCUUAUAUGUAGAUAUCUUAUAGACGUUGAAGGCUGGGAUCCAGAGGCAGCAAUCCAAGCUUUUGGUGAUGCUAGGGGUCAUUGCAUGGAUGGUCUUGUAUACCUCACAGAUCUCAGAACACAACCAAUGAGAAGUAACCUUGGAAUGGAUGUAUGGGAUUCAGAUGAAGAUAUUGUUCCCCCACCAAAUGCAGCAGAAGGACCUGCGGAACAAUUCCCUAAUGAAGAUUUUCAGGGGUCUGGGAAAAGAUUAAGAGUUUAUGAUGACAACUCUCAUAAUAAUUUGCAAGGACAAACACAACUGAGAGAUUUUGAUUUCAUUAAUAAGGGACCUGGACGAAGACGAAGACCAUUUAAUGACCAUCAGACUCAGGAUAACUUGCGAGCACCAAUGCAGAUGAGAAAUUGGGACUACAAUAAGGGACCAGGGCAGAGGAAAAGACCAUUUCCUGAUCACCAGUUUUAUGAUGAUUGCCAAGAAGACACACAGCUGAAAGACUUCAGUAACAAGGGACCUGGACAACAGCUGAGACCUUUUUAUGGAUGCCAGUUUCGUGGUGAUUUACAGACAGAGAGACUAUCAAGGAACUUUGAAUUUAACAAAGGCCAUGGGCAGAGGCAGAGAUCUUUUCCUGACUGUCCAUCCCACAGUGAUUCACAGGAAGAUAUGAAGUCAAAGGAUUUUGAUUUUGGUAGCAGGGGCCGUGGCCAGAGGCAAAGGCUAUUCCACAAUCAUCCAUCUCGUGAUCAAUUUCAGACUCCAGUGCAGUCAGAAGAGUCAGAUCGUGUCAAAAAAGGUCCUGGCCAAAGACUGAGACCAUUCCAUGACUAUCAGUCACAGCCCCAGAUGCAACUGGAAGAGUUUGAAUUUGUUAACAGGGGCCGUGGGCAGAGAUCGAGACCUUUCCAUGAUCACCAUCCUCACAAUGCUCACAAUGACUUACAAACAGAGGUGCAGCUCAAAGAUUAUGAUAAUAAAGGUCCUGGGCAAAGGCGCAGACCUUUUCACGACCAUCAGCCUUAUGAUGACUUACAGGAGCAGCCUCAGUUAAAAGACUUGGAUUAUGUUAAUAGAGGGCAAGGACAAAAAAGGUCAAGACCCCUCCGUGAUCAUCCUGUUCAAGAUGACCUGCCACAUGAAUGGUGUUCAGACAGAAAUCAACCUUUCUCUUCCCAUGAAAAUGUAUCAGAACCUCAGUUCUCCUCAUCUCCUUCGCUUCACAGAGAUUAUGGAUCUGAUAAGGAUGACUUCAACAGAAGCUAUAGUAAUCGAGCAAGCUGUCCUGAAGACAAUAGGAGAGUGCAUCCUUCAGAUGAAUUUAGCAGAGGAAAAAGCAGAUUUGCACCAUAUUCUUCAUGCACAAUGCAUCCAUCCUCAUCCGUACACCAGGAAGAUAGUUCAUUAGACUGUGAAAUAAAAACUUUUGAAGCUGAAACUACUAGAGAAAUGGAACAAGGCAAAAGAUUACCAGUUGUAACAGUUGAUUACAAUUAUGGUCUGCCAUUAGAUUAUGGACCUGAAGAGGAGGAGAGAACACCUUAUGAUGUACCUCCAAGAGACUAUUACAGCUGGAACUGAAUUAAAGAAAGGCACUGUUUCCUCAGCUUAAGCUUGCAUCAAUCAGUUUUACUUUAUGUGGGCCAGGGUUCUUUGGUUGGUUUUGUUUUUUUUUACAUGUUAGGGAAAUGCAAACUCCAGUAGUAGAGAACUGAUCUCUAUUGUAAGAUUUGUUUCUACUUCUAUAUUUAUUAGGGUAUUUGUUAAGUGUAGUUGGAGACAAGGUCUUGGUAUACAUGGGAUGAAAGUAGUCAUUCCUCUUGGCAAAAUUGAAGCCAUGUACUCUAAACUAUACAACUUUGUGAGUGAUAAUUGUCUUUUGUUUUACAUUUAUUUAUAAUGUAUGUAAUAGUAAGAUGCUAAAGUCAUAACAAAAUAUUGCACUGUCAGAUAAACUACCUUAAGGUUAUAGAAAAAACACUAUGAAAUGAAUGAAAUAAAUUUAUGUCAAAUUCAUCUUUUAAUAAUAGCAGCUUGUUAUUAUUGCUAACAGUUAUUGCUAACAAUCUCUGCAGCAUUGUAGUUUAAUUCCAGUUUUUCUGUCUCAUCAACAGAACUGACCUAGGUGUGCAAUUUUGUGCUGCUGAGAACUUGGAGGUGACUUGGAGUUUUGACAGUGCAAAUGUCAAACUUGUUUUUCAGCAACCUGAAUAUUCUAUAUUGCUGUGUUGGUUUUUUUCCUAAUUCCCUCAAUUAUAAAUGCUUCAGAAUGGCUCAGUGCAGAUGAAUUUCACAAUUUUUUUAGUAACACGUCCAAACGAGGCAGCUCACAUUUAUCAGCAGAUUGCCUUUCUCAGCUGUCCAAGAUUGCUUCUACUUAUGUUCUUAAAAUUCCAUGUUUGUCAGUCAAGUGUGUCUCAUUCUUCAGUUUUUGUUCUACUGACUUCUUCUACAGCACAGCAAGGUAAUCAGAAUGGAAAACUAUAAGUUGCUUUUAGAGUGGUGUAUUGCAACAGUCUCUUCUGAAUUGCCACUUCACCUGGGCCUCAGGACAGUAGUGUAACAGAAAGUAACAAAAAUGAUGCCAGCUGCAGAUGUACAGCUGCAGCUCAAGUCCUACAGUUAAGAAACUGCUUUAAAGCAAUACAGCUGUAAAGCAAAGCAAGAGCAUAUAAAUCUACACUAGAACACUGCAGAAAGAGUGUGUUCAUGGCAAGAACUCCAUAGACCUGUUUUGCCUUUUGACUAGCAGCAUAAAACAGACUUCUGAAUUCAAGGGUCUAUGACUACUAUAUAAGGAAUAGACUUAGGAAGUUUGGAACAGCUGGCAACUCUUCUGAUUUUUAACACAUGCAAAAAGUUCUAAAAGGAUUCUGUGCAUAUAAAUUCAAAGUGCAAAUAUUUCAUUGCCUGUGCAACUGGUAGAGCAACUUUGGCUUUGUUCAUUAUACGAAGUAAAUCAUUCCUUCAUUUUUACAGCAGCUAGCCAAUAGUAUUUCCCAUUAAAUAUAGCUUUGUGAGCCUCAUUCAUAUGCGCUCAGGAAUGAAGGUGUCUGAAUGUAAUGUGAUUUUGGAACUAAACGUUAAGAAAAAGGAACAUUUCUUCCUUCAUUUAUUCUUUUAAAAUGAAGAGUAAAAUGAAAGUCUUUGUGCUUCUUUAUUUAGGGGAAAGGAAGGUCUGAAACUUGGGCUACCAUAUCCAGAUUCUUAAAAUAAUAAUGCCAACCAAAAAAAAAAAAAAUCUUCAUGGUGCUUUCCAUGAGAGAAUUAAGAUUUAUGAAAUGUUAUUACAAGCAUUUGUUCUCUUCUUACACUAUGUUUGCAGUAUUCAUAAAGUGAACAAAGAGCAAAUAUUUGCUCUUUAUGUUUUUUGAUUUGAAGUACAUCUUUAGGAUUGAAAUGACCCUACAGUCAAUCCUUUCUUACUUCAGUCCAGAGGUGCUGUGUGGCUGAAGAGCUGGUCAGUGCAAAGUUUCACACGAUCAGAAAUGGGGCAACUCCCUCAGGAUUUAGGAUGGAUGAUGGCCUUUAGUAGUCCUUGGUCAGCUCCUGCAGGACUGUUUGAGAGUUUCUGUUUGGGACUGGUCCCUGAAAUGCGUCUUACCUCCUGAAGUAUGCUAGGAAUUGUUAGAGGAGAGUGUCGGUGGCACAGACUAAAACCUUCCAUGAGUCUGUUAGCAUGGAAUAUUCCAUUGCCAGGGAAUGUACUGUGAUUAGCAGGCAUCCUCAGGAACGGAGAAUGGCUCUUAGUGCUGUAACCCCUGCAGCUAAUUGUGAGCAAUCCAAACACAGCACCCAUUGCAAGCUACAUCGAAUGUGCAUGUUCUGUGUGCAGGGUGCUGCAAUGCAGAAAGCCUCCCAGCUCACCACAUAGCAGUUGGUAAUAGCCAGUGAUCUCCUACUGGCUACCUUCAGUCAAAACUUAGUGGCUUGGCAGGAGUACAACUGAUGCUCAGUUCUAUGAAAAUUAUGUGCUAUGUCCUCUAAAUCUUGAAAAUAUAUGUGUAAAUGUAUCUGAAGUGGCUCUACACGGAGCCAGCUCCAUGACACUGCCUCCUAACUGGGCCCUAACAGCAGGGCCCAGGCUGCCUAAAACAGCUGGAAAUGCAACCACAGCACUGACAGUAAAGAUUAUCUGUUAAAAUAAACUGUGAAUAUUAAUAAUUUGAUGGAAUGGCCUUCUUCAGAUUAAGAGCCAUUGGUGCACGAGGCUUAAAAAUGUAACCCAUAAUAAUAUUCCUCUUCAGUACAAUAAUGCAUGAUCCCAUUUAGGAUUUACAUUUUUUUUGGCUGCUUUAUGUAGCAAGUAAAAGAAAAUUGUUUAUAAACUCACCUUUUUUUCUCUAGACUGUAGUUGGUAUAAGGAGUUAGUAUUUUAGUCUCUAAAAUGAUUUAGUUAUAAAUACUGCAAAAACCUGUGGUUCUGUAAUUCUACGGUGAUGCUUGAUAUUUUUCACUCCAGUCAUUUUCCCUAGAGAUAAAUAAUGAGGACUUUCUUGAAGAGUUGGCAGGAGUAUACUAUGGGAUGUUUUGUAGAAGACGACAUGCAGGAUCCUGAGCAACUUACCUCUGAAAUCAGGGAGCAUCUUCUAAGUAGGUAUAGUUUGAGUAUUGAUGUAAAGAUAUACCGGCAUUUUUGCAUCCCUGGUGUACUACUUAACAACUGUGCUCGUCACUCACAGCACAAUGGAAGUUUGCUGUAGCUUGAACAGGGCUCUGAUAAGGCAGGCUAAUGAUAAUGAACAGGUGAUGUUUGUGCCACACACAUUUGCAAAUGAUUGUUGCCAGUAGAUUGUUGCCAGUACCCAACUAUGAGCUGCCAGCCUAUGGUGGUUCCCCCAAGUGGGUGGAAAUUGAGAUUUAUACUGAGUACUCAUGUUCACAUUGACAAAUAUAAUGGAUCAGUGAUGGCUGCAGCACCCUUUCAAGACCAAUCAUAAAGACUGCAAUGGAUUUAAGAUGUUCCCUAUGCCACCACUGAAAGUUAGCAUGUUAGGAGGAUAAAGCACUCCAGAGUCCAGUGUUAUAAGUGCAGUCACACAGUGCAGCUUCUGCUGUCUGACAAAAUAAAUACCACUUUCAUAACUAUGCUGGAUUCCUCUUUUCAAGCAAAAUUAAUAGAUAUGAUGUUUCCAUAAAUGGCUUUGUGAUGACUAUAUGGAAAUAGCCAAGGGUGGUUUUAUAAAUAUUUUUUUAGAACGUAGGACAAGGCUUUCCCUCCCUAUUGUUCUUGACAGAAUUUGGCAGAGCUAAACCCACAUAAAAUGUUACUGAAAGUUAUCUCACGUUCCUCAGCUGAGUCAUUACUGCAUAUUAGUCUCUGUAGUAUUCAAUUACUAAUUGAUCCACAUGGUGGAAAAUGGAAUUAAAUAGAAUGCUUUUUGUUCUUUUUAGCUGAAUAUUGUAUUUCAGUGGCACUGACUAAAAUAAGUUUCCUUCUCUUAUAUCUUUCAUAGUUCUACAAAAAUAUCAUGAAACCUUGUUGACCUCAUUUAUGGAUUUUUUCCCAGCGAACCUAGAAAUACCUCUGUAAUAUGGCAUAGCAAUAAAGAGCAGGACUUCUAUGGAGGAUGUUGUUUUCCUAUGGCAUCAAGUGUGAAAUCUUAAAGAAAGAUAGAAGUUGUAAGAGUUUCAUUAUAUGUAACUAUUAAACUCUGAGUUCAUAUAAAAAUUCCUUUUGUUACUGCCCUGAAGUGAAUAUUUAAUUGGCAGCUGAUUUUCAUCAGGCAGUGAAGCAUACAGGUGAAUAAAAAAAGAAAUUGCUUUUGUGUUGUUACCAACUACUGGUAUGUGAUUCCUCUCUAGGCUGAUUCAUAUUUGCUUCAGCUGUCAAUGGAGUGUUCCUUCCUGUUCCAGUGGCUAGCAAGCACCAAACCCACAGAUCUUUCUUUCCAGCUCCAGUCACCAGAGAAGCAGGUGAGGAAGUAACCUUGCUGUAGACCGCAAUAUUGCCCUUUUUUCUUGAGGUGAAAAGGCAAUGGGGAGGGGAAAGGGAGGGCAGAAAAUAACUGAGAAGAGAAAAAUGAUCACAGGAGUGAAAAGGAAAAUGUCAGGAGGUGGAGAGUUACCAGCGUGAGAGAAGAAAUGUGCAAAAGAUGUACAUGUAAAAAGCUGGCCAAAGAUUACUGGGUAUAAAAAGCAGACACAGGUUAGAGAAAGAAUUCCUACUAACUUCUUACCUGGGUCUUCCAGCAGUGUGAGCACUGUGCUUGUGUAAGCUACCAAACACAUACAGCAGCAUUCAGGCCUCUAAUCCUUCCACAAAAUCACGUGGCAGAUAAAACUAAUUAAGGCUUUCCUUUAAGCUUUAAAUAUCUAGGUGUAGUAUAAUAGCCUGAAGAUACACCCUCCAGAAUCCAAUGAGAAUUUCAGACAAUCAAAUAUGAAACUAUGCCACAAAUCUGUUUCACACAUUGAAAACAAUCCCAUCAUUUGAGGAAUUUGAGAAUCCAAUCCAACUUACAUGUUACAAGUGCAUAGCUGACUUCUUGCACGCCCCCAGUAUCAAAAUGCAUCAUAAAUUUACUGUAAUUGUGCCCACUGCAUUAAACUUACAGUUAUGAAUUAGAGUAACACAGAAAUUUGAAGCAGCAGCUUCACCAAAGACAGGAAGUAAGCCAGUGCACUCACGCUUGGAAGCAAGAGUCGUUUUCUUCCUUUGUAAGCAAUGUUCAAGCCUGAAUGUUCCACAAAGGAAGAUGAAAGAGCCCCCAAAAUAAAUAUACUUAAAAGCUGACACAGACGACGAUGACUUUCAUGCAGUUCCUCAAAACAACCUCUUUUAACAUAAAUACAGAGAUUUUUUCACUUUGAAAGUUGUACUGCCAAGCUAAAGCCUAUAAAACAAAAUUAACUCCUUAAGGAGAAGAUAACAGGCUACAAGCUAAUGUUGAUAACUGUUAAUCCCCCCUCAAGUGGAGUGUUUCUACAUCAUGCUGAACUUUUUAAUAGCAGCGGUGAGUUCUGAUUUUCAAUAGUUACCUCAUAAAUCUUUAAUAGGCCUAAAAUACAUUCUGAGAAGAAGCGUUUGCAAAUUAAAAAUAUUGUUUUCUGUCAGUCAGUACAGUAAAGAUGUAUUCACCCAACCUAUUUUUCAAUCUAAUAUAAGCUCAGUAAUUGUAGCAGAACUUGUAAUAAUGGCCACAGAUAAGCCUUCUUUUCUAUCUUUAUAAAGCAACAGCUUUGGAAAGAGCUAGACUGGGUGUGAAACCUCUGUUCCUGUUCAGUCAGCAUUACAGCGUGUUUCUACAUCUGUACAUCCCUGAUGACAGCACUGCUUUUCUAUUUAUGUUGUUUGUACUCAGUUUGUGCACACUGGUAUUACAUGCUUUUUGUUUUUCGUUUUCAGGCUGCACAGGAUAAUGUCCCUCUUGCCUUAUCUAAUGGGAAAAAAAAAAAAGAAAAUUUGACUACUGGGAUUAGAUUAAUAAGAUGAACAAAACUUGCAACUACACAAGCUUAUGCAAUGGAAAAAUGUAAUAAAAAGUCUCUUUCUAGUGUUCUUUCUACUCCAUGUUAUGUUUUUCCCCAGGCUUAUGUAUACCUGCAGAUCUAUAGAAAGAGUUUGACCAUAUUAUUUCCAUUUCUCUUUGACUCUAUGGCUCUCAUUUUUAUCUGAUGCCUUUUUUCAAUAAAUCCCACAAACCAACAGAUAUUUGGGAGGAGCUUUCUGGAUAUGAAUCAUUUAUAUACAUGUAUGUGUGUGUAUUAUAAGCGUAUACAUACACUUACUUAUAUAAAUUGAGCUCACUGCUCUCCUAAAUAUCUAUGUGAAUUACCAUUGUUAACGAACCCUGAAAUAGUUCAGAGUUCAUAAGCCAUGUUUAGUGAAUGUACAUAUAGUUCAGUCACUUUCUUGACAGAAGAGGUGCUAUAGCUACUGCUAACACUGCUUAGACAGAGGUAAAAACAGGGAGGAUUUAAAUGCAAACAUAAAACUUCUGGAAAACUUUGGCUUUUGGGGAAAAAAAAGAAAAACAACUGUAUGAAAUGGUUAUAUUAUCUCCUAAGAGCCAUGCAACAGGAGCAACAGGAACAAGAGGCCAUCCAAAAUGUUAAAUGCUUGUUUAUAACAGGGGCACAGAUAUCAGCUAGGCUAAAAUGAGGACUUUUCACUUCACAGAUAAGAAGUGUGUAAAUGAAUGUUAAUUCAUUGGAUUUCAUAAUGUAAAUGUGGUGAUGUUUGGUUUUAACUAAAUGAUUGAUUUUAACGCUGUUUAAUUUCAAGAAACUGGAAUGCCUCAAACAUUCUUCACAAAAGCUGUGUGUGGCAAUGUCCUGAUUUGUAAUACCAGUCAGGAUGUCCCUCAUAUCAUUUCAUGGAUAUCUCUGAGGUACCUUUUGGACUGCAGGAGCUAUUGGUCAGUAUUCAGUCUCUGAAUGCUGACCAAUGCUCUGAUAUGAAGCCUUUACUCAUGGUGAAGACUUCAAAGGCAGGCUGUGUGCAUAUUGCUACUUUUUGAGGAGGUUUUGAAGAAGGCCAUGCAACAAAUCCUAUACUAGCUUCUAUUCAGACAAUAUUUACGAGAGACUAUAAAAAUCAAAUUGAAAGUUACUGAAAUACAUGCAAACAAUUAUGAAAUUUGUACAGGAGGGACCUGUUGGAGUGCAUCCAGAGGAAAGCCACAAAUCUGAUCCAAGGAGUGGAAUGCCUCCCCUGUGAGGACAGGCUGAGAGAGCUGAGGCUGUGUUCAGCCUGGAGAAGAGAAGGCUCCAGGAGACCUGAGAGCAGCCUUCCAGUAUCUAAGGGGCUGCUGUAGGAAAGAAAGGCACAGACUCUUUAGCAGGAUCUGCUGUUACAGGACAAGGGGAAAUGGUUUCAAACUAAAAGAAAGGAGAUACAAUCAAAGGUAAGGAAGAAGUUUUUUACAGCAAGAAUGGUGAGGCACCAGCACGGGUUGUCCAGAGAGGUGGUGGGUGCCCCAUCCCUGGACACACCCAAGGUCAGGCUGGAGGGGGCUCUGAGCACCUGAUGGAGCUGUAGAUGUCCUUGUUCAUUGCAGGAGAGUUGAACCAGAUGGCCUUUAAGAGUCCCUUCCAACUCCUAUGAUUCUAUGCAAUUAUGUGUUUUCACCAGACUAGGAGGUAUCAAAUGUCAUCCCUACAGUUACAGAAAGGUUGCUGUGAUCCUAAGCAAGACAAUCUUUCAGGACAAGAAAAGUCAACGGGAAAAGUAAAAUUAGGAGUCUAGAAUAUAUAGAAGAUUAUUGUUUGUCAGAUCCUAAUCUGGAGGGAUUUCACCAGCAACACUAUGCUUCUUUCAGCUCCUGUCUGCACAGCACAUUUUUCCCAUACUCUGUGGGCACACCUGGUAAAUAAGACAGUUUCAAUUGCUGUCAACCUGCAGAGAAAGCAACAAAAGUUCACAAGUGGACACAGUUGGCUGGAGAAGGAACACACAAACUAAAAAUGAUUGAGAUCAAUGCAAGAAAUGGUGACCAAAACACACCAACCAACUACAAAUUAAUAAGUUUUAUCUAAUUUAGGAAGAGGUUUCAGAGAGUAUACUGGCACACAGCAGAUCUACAGAGGAGAGAUAAUCUUAAUACACACAAAAAGAAACAGGAGAGAAUGUGUAGCUACUUCUUGAGAAAAAAUGGGGAAAAAUAAAAUGUGCAAAAAGAAUUCACAUAAAGAAUGGAUAAAGAAGAAUUGGUUUUCAUAUUGUAGGAUAUAGAUUGAACUACUGAAGAUAUAAGUGAACAGCUAAAUAAAAGUUUACUUUUCACAAAUGCCCCAUCAAAAUAUAAAAAUAUAUAAUGUCAAACUUGGAUGAAUUGUGUUUCAGUCUAAAAUGCUUAGAUCAUUCUUUCUCUUACAGAUUAUUUCACAUGGACUCUGGUUUAUCAUCAUUUCAGCAAGUAUUCAGUCUGUAAGAUCCAUCACCAAUAUUUUCCCUGCACUUCUUUUUAUCAGGUAAGAUAACUGCUAUGGAGCUGUUCAAAACAAAUUUUGUAGCAUUCUUGAUGGGUACUUCAUCUUAUGUGCUGUUGGAACAGUGCACAAAAUGUUUUUAAGGAACCUAAGAGGACAUAGGAUCUUAGAGUUACAUGGAAAUUGGAAAUGGGAUGCUAGAAUUGCACAGAUAUUGGAAAUAGCACCUGAGGGUCAUUUCAUGCACGGCAGGAAAGAACAGUUGCUGGCUCCUGGCUAAACAAAAGCAGAAAUAUUAUUCAGGAUGUUUGCUACAUGCAUCAUUGUCAACAGCAUCUAACAUAGAAGGAAAACAGAUCCACCCUUACCCUUGCUAUUCUCUGCCCUACUUCCUCCUUGCUAUUCCCAAUCAUGUGGCUGAAUAAGCAAGCACCCACCAUUGGAUGUCAUGUAUACACAGGGAGCAGGAGGUGUUAUGUACCUCAGGUCAUGCAUUGGGACCCAGGCACACGCACACAUCAUGAGAGGCCCCUUAGUUUUGGGAGCAGAGAAGUGCAUUUAUUGGUUCUUUGAUGGCGGGGGGAGGUGUGAGUAGUUUGGGAGUAGACGUGUUUCAGUAAGAGUUUUCUGAUCUCCAUCUAAAGCUACAGGUACUUUUCUUUAUAUUCUGCUAUGGGAUGUGUACUGUGCUACCUAAAGGUA